CUCUCGCCCACUGACCUCCAAGCAGUCCGUCUUGCUCUCGGCGCUACCUCUGCUUCGAACCCCGACUCCCUCAUCCAACCCACGCAUAUCAUAUGGCCACCAUCACACCUACCACCAGGUCUCUAUCAUGAUGUUCUCCGAUCUCUCACUAUUUCCAGAUACCAAUACCUCCUCAUAGCCUUGAUCUUCAACACCUUUCUCAUCAUCCAACUCCUUCUCGGCGCCUCCCUCACAGCCUUGGGCGCUACCACAUCAUCUCUCAGCUACAAGACCAGUAUAAUAAUCACUAGUCUAGCUGCUGCGAACACAGUCGUAGCUGGUCUCAUAGCGCUGUUACACAACGGCGGGUUACCAUCGAAGUACCGCAUGGCAUGGAAAGAGUACGGGAUGGUGGAGAUGCAGGUUAAUGAGGUGUUGGAACUCGGGCUUGUGAGAGAGGGGUGGGGCGUCGAUGAGGUUGUUGAGUGGUGUUUUGGACUCUAUUGGGAUGCUAGGAGGAAGGUU